AUGUCUGGAGGUCAAAUGAAACGUAUUAUGAUCGAGGUUAAAAAACUUCGAGAUAUACCACAAACAUUUAUUCUUGAAAAAGCACCAGAUGAAGAUUCAUCAAAAGUAACAAACACACGUACAGCAUCAUCAUCGGCUGAUUCAACAUCAAAUAUUAUUAUUGGCCGUAUAUUACCAAAAAGUGCUCCCUAUUCACAAGGUUCAUAUCAAGUUGAGAUUAAAAUUCCAGCAGACUUUCCAUUUAAACCACCUGAAGUAAAAUUUUUGACACAAAUAUAUCAUCCGAAUGUGGAUAAAGAGGGUAAAAUAUGUGUUGAUUUAUUAAAUACUGCAGAAGCUUGGAAACCAACAACACCAAUCGUUGAUAUUGUGAAUGCUGUUAUUAAGAUCAUUGAUGAUCCAAAAAUUGAUCAUGCAUUGAAUGCUGAAAUUGCCCAACAAUACCAAAAUAAUCGAGCUCAAUUUAUUAAAACAGCAACAGAAUUUGUUAACAAAUAUGCAUUACCAAGAACUUAG